CUCUUAGUAUAAACCUUUCCUUUCCCACUUCUACAUGCACAUAUACAUAUAUAAAUAUGUUACAAGUAAUCCGUAUAUAGUUUAGAAGAGUCUUGCUUUAUGUUUUGGGGCUCUCAUCCACAACAAUAUGCCCAUAUGAGAAAAGUGUUGGAGCUUCUUCUUCCUACACCAUGUCUGAAAGAAUUCAUGUCAUCGACAUAUAAGCAAACGAUAAGAAAUUGUCCCUUAUUGAGCUAAAAGCGUACUUAUGCUAUCCUGCCUAGUGACUGGGAACAAAGUAGCUCUCAGUUUAUAUUGUGGCUCUUAUCCACACCAUGUUGAUGAUUUUGAUCCUCUCUUGCUUGUUGAGCCAAGCUUCUGUUAGCUGCGUGGAGUCCUACAAUUUCUCUUUUCCUGGUUUUGAUCCCGGAAGUUGUGGAAGUGAAAGCAGUUUAAUAUGCAUGGGGUCGGUUACGGUUGGCAAUGGGAGCUUAAACCUCACACCGGACGAUGAACAAGGCGUUGAUAACAAGGUUGGCCGGGUUUUGUUCCGUCACCAGGUUCUUGCAUGGCCCGCAUCUUUUACCACCACCUUCACCAUCAGGUUUGUGACUCGACAAACCAAAUCUGGUGACGGAAUGGCAUUUAUUUUAGCGCAGGACGAUCAGCCGUCACCACCGGAAAGCUAUGGCUCAUUUCUUGGAAUUCUUAAUUCCUCAACUCAAGGUGGCAUUCUUAAACAACUUGCAGUGGAGUUUGACAGUUACAAGAAUGAAAAUGAAGACAGCGGAAACCAUAUAGCAAUCGACACAAUAAGUGUAUCAGACCCGGUUGCAGAAAAGAGUUUGAACAGCACCGGGAUCGAUUUGAAGAGCGGAAGAAACAUCAAGGUAAAGAUUGAUUAUGAAGGAUGGAGCAAAAUGCUCCAAAUUUAUGUGGCAUAUGCUGGUGACCCUCUUGUGAGUUUUCUCAGCAAGAAGAUAAUAAUGAAGAAAACUGUUCCAAAAUAUGUUUAUGUUGGUUUUACAGCCUCCACCGGUUUUCUCUCAGAGACCCAUCAAGUUCUUGAUUGGGAUUUCACAGUGUAUGAACUCCCAAAAAAGUCUCUCAAAGAUGAAGUUGAGAAAAAUAGAAAGAUUUUACUGGUAGUUGUCAUUCCAGUGGUUGUGGGGUUCUUGCUUAUUGUAGCAAUUGCUGCACCAUUUGCUCUCAAAGCUAGAAGAAAGAAGAAUCAAGGGAGGAAAGAGGAUUUGGAAAUGCUAACGAGGAGUGCAGCCAGUGCACCGACCAUGUUUACUUACAGGCAGCUUUCAAAGGCUACUCGCAAUUUUAGCAAAGAAAACCUAUUGGGAGCUGGGGGAUUUGGAAGUGUUUUCAAAGGGGUUAUCGGUGAUCCUCCCACAGCCAUUGCUGUCAAGAAAAUUAAUGCAACAUCAAAACAAGGUGAGAGAGAGUAUUUGGCUGAAAUAUGUACCAUUGGGCGCCUAAGGCACAAAAACUUGGUGCAACUCCAAGGUUGGUGCCAUGAACGUGAGCAACUCCUCCUCGUCUACGAAUACAUGCCCAAUGGCAGCCUCGAUAACUUCAUCGGCAAGCUCUUUCUCGACUGGAAAACCAGGUACAAUGUACUCACCGGACUCGCCUCCGUGCUCGUAUACCUCCAUGAAGAAUGUGGCCACCCUGUAGUCCACCGAGACGUGAAACCCAACAACGUGAUGUUGGAUUCAGACUUCAAUGCCCAUCUCGGUGACUUUGGCCUCGCAAGAUUGCUCCAAAACGACGCUUCUGUCACCACCAUGCUAGCAGGAACUCCGGGAUACUUGGCUCCAGAAGUCAGCUACACCGGAAGGGCUACUCCGGAGGCCGACGUCUACAGCUUUGGAAUGGUGGUGCUGGAGGUGGUUUGUGGGAGAAGAUCAAAGGGCAUAAUGGAGGAGAACAGCUUAGUCGACUUCGUUUGGAACUUUUAUCAAACAGGUAGAGUGCAAGAUUGUGUGGAGCAGAAACUAGAAGGCAAAUUCGAUCAAGAACAAGCAAGAAGGACUUUGAUUGUUGGGCUUGCGUGUUUGCAUCCAGAUUAUACGUUACGACCCAGAAUGAGAAAAGUAGUUCAGAUUUUGAUGAACCCAGAAGAGCCUCUAAUGAGCUUGCCGGAAUGUCGACCCAGUGCAGUGUGCAUAUGGCUGAACUCUUCUUCGGCUGCAACUACAACUGAUUUUGGAUCUGGAAUUGGUCCUUUUGGAGGUUCCAUGGAUUCCUUCGCCGAUGGAACGACGGUCACAAAUGGCUCAGUGACAAGUUAAUACAGAGCUUCUGCUUAAAGAAUUACAAUUAAAACUUACUUAGUGUGAAUAACAUUUUGAAUUGUAAUCAAUUUUUUAAUUUACA